AUGUCUGGCAAGCUCAACCAGUCUCUCGACGAGAUUACCGCCUCUCAGCGCAAGGUUGCUGGUGGCCGUCGUCGCAAUCAGCGUCGCGGCACCACCCGUGCUUCCGUCCCUACCGCCCCCGCCGGUGGCAUCAAGAAGGCCACCAAAGGGGGCCGCAACGCUCCUCCUGCCCAGGCCGCCCCCCCUAGGGGAGACAGCAAGGUCAUUGUGAGCAACCUGCCCAAGGACGUCACGGAGCAGCAGAUCAAGGUAUGUCUCCGCUGA